AUGUCAAACACCGUGGAAGGAAGGCUAGAUUAUUUCUUUGUCAAUUAUGAUCUAGACAACCUUCGUGUGAACAAUGCGCCAUUCCCCAGGAUGACAAUCAUCGGGCCUAUGGCGGAUUUCGCAGUGAUAGAAAUUGGGGAAGCAGUAAUGUUCUGGUGGCGCACAAAAGCUGCAAUGAAUUAUCGACCCUCUCGCGCGGUAAGCUGUUCUGAGCUCUGCAGUUUCCAUCUUUCUGAUGAACGUAUCCAGAUUGCACGUCGGGCGGCGAACGAUACUGGUGUACCUCCAUAUGAAGAUGGGAGAGAUUAUCAAGCAAGACUCACCACGUGUGAGGAAAUCCUGAGAAAUUGUGAUCUUGCCGUGCAGGCGCAAUUCCUCGUCGUCCACGAAGAUACCCUUUUAGUGGCUCGGGAUCGAGGCGUGGAAAAGGUAGAGGUAGAAGGCGAGGUGGAUAGAGGAAAUGCUCAACAUCAGGCUGGGUGA